CUUUGAUUUCAACUCUCUACAAGUGGCGGAGAAGGUCCCUCUUCAUUCUCUCUGUAAUUUUUAGCUAAAACUCCCUGAGAAUGGGGGACUGGAGUGCUCUGGGCCAUCUGCUGAACGAGGUCCAGGCCUACUCUACUGCCGGGGGGAAGGUCUGGCUGUCGGUCCUGUUCAUCUUCAGGAUCCUGGUCCUGGGCACUGCAGUGGAAUCAGCCUGGGGAGACGAGCAGUCUGCAUUCAAAUGUAACACACAGCAGCCUGGUUGUGAGAACGUCUGCUAUGACAAAUCUUUCCCCAUCUCCCAUGUCCGCUUCUGGGUCCUCCAGAUCAUCUUUGUGUCAACGCCCACACUUCUCUACCUGGCUCAUGUCCUCUACCUGAACAAGAAGGAACAGAAAUGCAACAAAAAUGACGGCGUCGAUAUCAACAUCCCGCUGAAGAAAAUUGAGAUGAAAAAGCACAGCAAAGUGAAGAUGAAAGGGCCCCUGCUCAGAACCUAUAUAGUCAGCAUUUUCUUCAAGUCUAUGUUCGAGGUGGGCUUCCUGGUCAUCCAGUGGUACAUUUACGGCUUCAGCCUUUCUGCAGUCUACACCUGUGAGAGGUCCCCAUGCCCCCACAGGGUGGACUGUUUCCUGUCCCGUCCCACAGAGAAGACAGUCUUCAUCAUCUUCAUGCUGGUGGUCUCGCUGGUGUCCCUGCUGCUCAACGUCAUCGAGCUUUUCCAUGUGUUUUUUAAGAGGAUCAAAGAUCGUGCGAAGGGCAAGCAACCACCCAUCCUCUACCCUUGUGCAGGCACAUUGAGCCCCACCCCUAAAGAGCUGUCCACCACCAAGAACGCCUACUGUAAGGGUUGUUCCUCCCUGACUGACCCGCUCUCACCCAUGUUCCCCCCAGGAUACAAACUGGCCAUAGGGGAGCGUGGAACUGGCUCAUGCAGCAAUUAUAAUAAGCAGGCCAAUGAGCAGAACUGGGCCAACUACUCCAUAGAGCAAAGCCAGCUCGGCCAGAAUGGCGAUUUCAGAACUAUGUCAAACUCCCAUGCACAAGCCUUUCACUUUCCAGAUGACACCCAAGAGCAUAAGAAACUUUCCUCAACAGCAGGACACGAGAUGCUGAUGGACGCCAGGCCGUGUAGCAGCAAGCCUAGGCCAGGUGACCUGGAUGUGUAAGCCCUGGUUCCUCCUCCUCCUCCUCCUCCUCCUCCUCCUCCUCCUCCCACCUCUGUGUGGCUGCAGCAAGAGAAUAAGGAAACACUCCAUCACAUAGGUUCAUGUAAGAUGUGGGGCUGACCUCAAUCACUGUCUUCAGAAUAGAGACUCUUA